AGUCUGCUGGAAAUAAUCCAAAGAUCCGGCUCGUGUAGGUAAAAAUAUUCAGAGAGAGUUUAGGUGUGCAGUUUCUCGUCUGGAGAAAAGUUUGUAAAGAUUCCAAUGUUCAAAAAACGCACAUAGCAACAAAAAUAACAACAGCACGCACGUGCGCACUGACGUAAGCACGGAAGCGACUUGGCGUUUUACAGACCAUAUGUAACAGAUAAAAAAAAAUUAAAAAAAAGUGAGUCAAUGAUUUAAAAUAUUGUUAAAAACAUGAUUUAUUUAUAUCAUUCUGUUACAUUUAAAAGAUAAUUCAUUUGGGACAAAAAGUAUAAAUGCUAAAAAUUGUACAAUUACAUAUUUACAAGUUCGUUCUUUUUUUGAAAUAAAGUCAUGGAGUAAGGACGUGAACUGCGUCUCUGUCCUUCAUUGUCUACAAAAAGCAACCACGUAUCUCUCCCACACUGUAGGAGUAGAGGGCACAACAUUUUGGAGGCACCGCUGGGGGCUGAGGGAGCGUAACACAGAGGAGGGAGUCAUCCAGAGACUGAAGGAUGAAAAUGGAAGUUGCCCUGUUUUCCACCCCAAAACACUGAUCUCGUAACAUCUAUAGCCUACAAUACAAGUGCUAAACACACAUCCAUGUAAAAUGUAAGAUACCGAUUUGGAUGACAUGUAAAUAGACCUGUAUAGACCCAGUGUUAGCCCCAAUUCGUUUUUUAAUGAGAGCUAGCUUAGCGUUAGCCAUCUAUCACCGCAAACUAUGAAAUACCAGGAGUGUUUUGGAGACCUACAACCACUCAACUACACGUGGAGAACAGAUGCUGUUAAGAAACCCCCAAGGUGACAGCAAGAAUGGAAGAAGACCCCAGCCAACCUACAUGCACAGUGAACCAUCCAGGAUUUGGGCCUGUGUGUCUCAGUAUAUACUCCCUUCAAAAUGACAUUAACGUGUACAAAGCACAGCACAGUUUGGACCAGAACAUCAGCAAUGAGCCAGUCCUGACCCAGACUCUGACCCAUGAUGCACCUCUCCUCCGUCUCUCCGCUCGUCUCUCUUCUACAUCUCACGUUUUUGUUUUUUGCUCCCGUUGCCGUGGAGACAACAGUGAGGGGUUGCGUUGAUGGCAGGGACAAAGAUCACCGACCACUGAUUAACUGCACCUCAGCAGGUUACAGAGACGUGCCAUCGGGAAUCGAACCAACAACCAAGGUUUUGUUGUUUCCUCAAAACCAGUUCUCACACCCGUCCUGGACCUCUUUCACUGUUUUCACCGAGAUCCACGAGAUCGACCUCAGCAGAAACCAGAUUCCUUCCCUCACCCACAGUGAUGCUCCGAUCCUGCCCAGCCUCGCAGUGCUUCGUCUGGGCUUCAAUCAGCUCCGAGCGCUUCCUGAUCACUGCUUCUCUAGAAGUCCAGCUUUGAGGACCAGUCUUUCUCUGGACUCAGUAAACUCGAGAUCUUGGAUUUGUCGAAUAACCACGUCCAAACUCUCCCUCCGCGCAUGAUGCACCCUCUGAAGGCCAUAGAGACGCUGUAUUUGGAAGGAAACAAGAUCAAGGUGCUGCCUGAUAACUGGUUCAGCCAGAAGAACGAGGUGCCCUAUCUGUACCUCUCGGCCAAUCCGUGGGCUUGCUCCUGUUCCCUUGGUUACCUGCGCAUGUAUCUGGAGGAGUACGAUUACAACGUUUAUGUGAAAGAUGGACCCAUCAUCUCGGCGGAUGCAGAGAGUGUGAUUUGUGACAGUCCACGGUCUCUAAAAGGUCAGUCUGUGAUCAAACUUGAAGAAUCGGACUUUUGUAAUCCACUGACUCCCACUGAGCAAAGCCAUUUUUUUGAUACUACCACUCCUCCUAAGCCUACUACUACUACUACUGCUACUGCUGCUACUACUGCUGCAGUUCCCACUACUCCAGUUUGGACUCAUGGUUAUUACAAAAUUGUCACAAUAUACGAAUCUUACACAGUAGACUGGUCUGAUAUUUGGGGAUCACUGCGAGGGGAUGGACGAAGAGUCAAAAGAACGACUGUGCCGCUAACAACUGAACUCCCUACCACAACUUCGACAGCUCUCCCCACUACUACACCACAAACUUCUCCAAUAUUGACAACUUCUACAGCUCUCCCCACUACUAUGCCACAAACUUCUCCAAUAUUGACAACUUCUACAGCUCUCCCCACUACUAUGCCACAAACUUCUCCAAUAUUGACAACUUCUACAGCUCUCCUCACUAUUAUGCCACAAACUUCUCCAAUAUCGACAACUUUUUCCACAACAAUCCCACCUGAAAUACAACAGACAACCUUUGUUACCCCCGAAACUUUUACAAUGUCACCUCCAGGAGUUUAUGAAGGUCGUAUAAUUAGCAACAACAUAAGUAGCGACAGUGCGAGCCCUCUUGAAGCUAGGACCGUUUUUUGCUUUUGGCUCUUUGUAAGUUGCGCGUUUCUCUGUGUAGUUUCCGCUUUUUCGUCAUUAGUAACUGCAUUUAGGUUGUAUUUUUGGUACAGAGGGGUUUAUAAGUCAUUAAAAUGUAUCAUAGCUGGCAAGGAGCAAGUUAAAAUGUUGAGUUAUUGUAGAGAUAUUGACAAGAAACAGGCAAAAUAUCAAACUAUGCUUUUUGUAUCUAAGGAUGUGAAUCAAGUUGAGUGUUUUGUUAAUUUAGGACCAAAAACCUGGACAGAAGAAGCACAAAAUGUUGAAAAAAUAAUGUACAAGGAGGCAGUGUAUCACGAAAUUAGCAAAGAAGAAGAAAUUGAAGCUAAACACGUGCUAGCAGAAUGCACAGUUAGCCGAGAAGCUAACUCAGGCAUGUCUAAAAAGCGUUACAGUGUUAUUUUGAGGGAGGAAGGUGAAAAAGAGGGAGGGGAAACGGAGAAAUGUGAUUGGGUGGUCGGGGGCUGGGAGGUGGAGAAAGGGGCGAGUCCUGGGAGCAGUUGGGGGGAGUGGCUAGUGCAGAAUUUGCCGAGCAUGCCUUGGAGGGUGAGCGCGCCGCCCAAAAGGGAAGCGGAGUCACUGUAGUGUUGCGUGAAUGAAAAAGAUGAAUGAGGAAGCUCACAACGGUCUACUCAAUUUCCUUUAAAGGGCCCAUCUCAUGCAAAAUCAACUUUUCAGUCCUUUCUACCUUCUAAGAGUGAUCUGUGGGCCUUGUAUAUGUCGCCAAAGUGUUUUUUAGAUUGAUUUGGCAUUUUUUUGCAGCGUAUUUCUGCCACCCUCCCACGAGACAAUGAACUAAAGCUGCUACAACGAUGACGCAGCAGAUACACCUAUGAUGCGUUUGACAUAGCAGAAAGUGCUUCACACCUGCCCCCCUCAGUGUAUUGUUCUACACUGCAGUGUACGCAAUAUAAUAAGUUGAUCUACUAGUGUUUAUUAAAACUUUACCAAUCAGUAAUGUUCAGCUGAUGUGGACGUGGUGCUUGAGCUUCGUGCUCCUCAAAGUCCUCGUCUGAUUCCGGGUCCAACACAUGCGGCUGAACGCGCUGUAUCUCCAUGAUGAAUAAAAGUUUAUUUCUACCACUAUCAGGGUGCACGUCUGUCUCCCCCUCCCUCCCUGAGAUGGGCGGAGGAAGGGCGGCUCACUCGUCGCCUACGUCACGUUUGGAGGGCGGAGCCUGUGCUUUCUCAGGACGGGCGGGGGGAGGAGCAAUAGUCGGCCUUUCAUAGUUCCUGGUCUGUGACUUUCUCCAAGAAACCAGUAUUGUGUUUGUAUAUGUGCAGAAGAUACAAUGUGAAAAGAGUUAUUUUACAUGAGAUGGGCCCUUUAAGGAGUUUUUAAUUGAAAAUUUAUGGAAGCACAUUUCCACCAGUAAAUUUAAAAAAAGCCUCAUAGAAAGUCAGAAUUUUUUUUAUAUUUUUAGUUUUAAAAGUAUAAAAGUCAUAGUUAUGACUUUCUGUGAGGCUUUUAUUUUUUAUUUACUGACGGAGAUGGGCUACCAUAAAAAUCUGAUACUAAUCGGCAGUACACAGGAUUACAGUCAUACCAUACUCCAUACAGAUGUACAACAACUCACCUUUAUGUAACAGAUAAUACUCCCUACAACUGUACAACAACUCACCCUUAUGUAACAGAUAAUACUCCCUACAUCCUGUCAAUCAUCAUAACAUUGUUGUACUGUCUUCCUUUGACCUCUUGUAUAUAGCUAAGAUUGUAUAUUUUAUUACUUAUUUUAUUUUGACUUGUACAUUUACAUUUAAAUAAUUAUGUUUUAGUUGACACCUGUCUCUUGCUUUCUUUUUGGCUACAUAUUUAGAAUUUAUUAUUACCAUUUAUACUUUUUGCUCUUUGUUAUUAUAUUAUAUUGUGAUGUGUGGGCUCCUGUGUUCAUGCGUGUGAAUGGGUGAGUGGUUCCGUGUUGUAAAACACUUUGGGUGCCCUGAAGAUGGAAAAGUGCUGUGUAAAAAUGUGACCAUUUAGUCGAUACAAAAGCUAGUAGUACAUGGGAAUAGAAAAAGUACUACUACUACUACAUUUAAUGUUGAAAAUGGCAUUCAAUUGCCUAAAGAAGAGUGUUUUUAUUAUCAUUGUGGUAUUGGAAUUGGUAUUGAGUAUCAAGUCUAUUCCUUAGUAUUAUCGUGACAACACUAGUUUUUAAUAAUGUAUAAAUUUGUUAAUUAAUUAAACACAACUCUUUGUUUUUUGUUUAUUUCACAUGUUUAAAUCAUGAAUGCUGUUGCUGUUGUUUUUGCUUUGACUAAAAUGUUCCACAGUAUGCCAUUAAACAUAUUUACCUAGCACUGCAUUUGUAUCUUUAGCUCAAAAAUCCCUUGAGAAACAUGCAAUCUUUCUGUGAGUGGGCUCAUCUCUCCACAGAUCUGACCUGUAAGUUGGCCAAGUUGCUUGUCGCCAUGGAAAUAAAUAAGUUUAGAGCAUCCAAAUCUGAGUUACUUUAUGUUAUGAUGUGUCUCUGUAAUUUUAAGAUUCAGAAGUAUUAUGUUAAAAUUGUAUCUUUGAAUGUGGGGUUGGGACAGAUUUCUUAUGUUACAGAGUUUCCUAUAAAUAAAAUGAUUUGAUUGAAA